AAAAACGUAUUGUUGUUAAUUUUUUUCUUAUCUCCAAUUGUAUAUUAUAUCCCCAUCUCACGGCAUUGAUAACGUUGCCUAUCUUAAUCGUACUUUCCGCGGCCUUUGACCAAAAUUGUUACAAUAGUUUAAUAUUCUUAUAUCAAUUAUGUGCAACAUAUAUAGGUAGGUACUUUUAACAACGGAGGAAGUCUUAUAAUCUGUGUAAAACACGAUAAUAGGCAAUAAAAUAUAUUUGUAAAGAAAAAAAACUUUGAUUUUUAACACUAUCAACUGUCGUUUUUUUUCCCGAUAGUAGUUCAUUAUGUUCGCCACGAUAAUAAUAUGAUAAUUGUGUAAACAGGUAUAAAAACGGAAGUACCAUAAUUUAUUUUUAUUAUAAUAUUUAGUUUUCGAACGCCGCGUUUGAAUCGCUUAGGUAUUAUGUUUUGACGCAUAAUUAACAACAGUUACAUGAUUUUAUAAUUAUAAAAACCGUAUACGUUUUCGAGUUUUGUACUAAUAUAUUAUGUCAAACAACAAGGAGAAAAUUAGUAUUAUCAAUAAAUAUGAUUCGGAUAUAUUGAACUAUGGCAGUUUGGCAACAGGAGAACAGCGACCACAAGAAAUGGGGGACGAGAACAACGGCUCUAGUACGGCGGCACAAGCGCAACUUCGGCUGCAGCCACGAAAACAGUACAACGUGCGCAUCGUCGACCACAGUGACCGGCCAUCGAGGUGGUCGUCGCUGUUGUCCUGGUCCGAUAACCGGUGGCCGGCAACUUCGGCGGACGCUAUCGCCGUCGUGUUGUCCGUGGUCGUGGCCUGGUGUCUGCUUCGCGUGAACGUGGCGCCAGCUCUGAUGGCCGUUCCCGGCGGCAGCGUGGCGUCCAUAUUCAUGCUGUACGUGGCCGGGCUGGCCGCCGGCUGUGUCGUCGACGUGGUGGGUGGCCUCCCACCGCUGCUGGGCAUGAUGGUGGCCGGAAUCGCUCUCCAAAACGUUGGCCUGUACACCGUCACCGCCAACUGGUGCGUCAACCUGGUGGCAAUUAUGCGAGAAGCUGCGCUGUCGGUGAUCUUGAUCAAAGGUGGCUUGGAAAUGAACGCAGCCCAGUUGCGUCGGCUCAGCGGUGCCGUGACCAGACUUGCGCUGUUGCCGUGUGUGGCCGAGGCAGCGGCCGCGGCCGUCGCUGCGCAUUACAUUUUGCCCAAUUUCUCUUGGGAAUGGGGUCUGAUGCUGGGGUUCGUCUUAUCGGCCGUCAGUCCGGCUGUUUUAGUGCCGAAUCUGUUACGAUUGAAACAUAUGGGAUACGGUGAAAAAAACGGCGUCAACACGCUGGUGAUAGCUGCGUCGAGUUUAGAUGACAUUGUGUCAAUCAGCGCUUUUGGUGUCUUGUCGGGCAUCGUUUUUUCAACGGGCAACUUGACCAGUAAGAUCGUUCAAGGACCCGAAGACGUUUGCAUUGGAACUGCGUUGGGACUUGUGUGGGGAUUCCUCUUGAUAUUUGUGCCACCCCCCAUCGUGGGCAAAUGUAUCUUACACCAGCCGAAAUGGUGUCACGAAAAGACGGACCAGUCGGUGACAGCCACGAGAGCGUUUCUGUUGGGCGCCGGUGGUAUUCUGGCAGUGACCGGCAGUCAGUGGUACGGGUAUCCUGGGGCUGGUCCUUUGGCUUGUAUCAUAUCUUCGUUCGUGGCGGGUACUGGUUGGAAGUGGAGGGAAGAAAAGCAAAACUGUGACAGUCCAACCACGGUUUCAACACAUGAUGAAGCAAGCCCGGUUGAAGCGAUAUUCGAGUGCAUUUGGUUUGGGCUCCAGCCGAUUCUGUUUGCGUCCAUCGGCACUGAAGUCAAAUUUGAACUCCUCAGGGGUGGUGAUAUAAUCAUCGCGGGGCUGUUGGUACUCGUUGCCGGAUUGAUAGUGCGUUUAAUUGUGACGUCGUGUGCAGUUUGGGGAGCAGGAUUCAACAUAAAGGAAGUGACAUUUAUUAAUAUCGCGUGGCUUCCCAAAGCAACUGUCCAGGCCGCGCUUGCUCCAGUAGCGUUAGACAUGGCGAGAAUGAUGGGAACUGAAGAGGACAAAGAAAGUGCUAGUCGAUUGUUAACCAUCGCCGUAAUCUCCAUACUAGUUACAGCCCCUAUAGGGGCAUUCGGCAUUCAGUGGUUCGGCCCCAGGUUGUUGUCGAACGCCGGUCGAUAACUAUAAACUAUUCGUCUUGAAAUGUGUUAAAUAUUAAUUGAAAACGCUCAUUUGUGUGUUUAUUGUUAAAAAUAUUUCUAGCAAAAAAGCAAAAAGUAUAUUACUUGUAAUUUAUAAUCACGCAUAAAUGGAAGUCCGUUUGGAUAAAAUCACUAAAUUUAACUGUAUCCGAAUAUCGGAUAAAAUAGCUAAGUUAUCGAAUUAUGUAAUGAUACAACAAUAUAUUUUAAUAAUGAUGAGCGUCUAGACAAAAAAAAAGUUUUCGUGAGCCCAGCUCUAUAAAUGUUCCAUAAAGUUUACGUUCUUCCAACUAUAUUUUUUAAUAAUAUAGAUAUUGUAUAUAGGUUAUCUGUCGAUCAUAAUCUAAAAAUAAACGUUAGGCAAUGGUGGAUAUAGGAA